AAGACCGAGAUCAGGAUGCCAUCGGUGGAAAGAAGAUUAUUGAUCGAACAUUUCUUUCUGUUUCCCAAAUUACUGCUUUGUCAGAACAAAAUGUGGAAGGAGUUCAAAAAAAGCUGGAAGAAUUUCUGAAUUUUAAACAAUUAAAGACAUCUUUGAAAGAAGCUAUUUUGCUAGACUAUUAUACUGCGGGAUUUUGGUGGGCUAAAGAAAUGAACUUCAGUCUUAUACAGCUGUCAGGGUUCAUGGAUCUAUUAAAUUUCCUGUUGGAGAACCUCAGUGACAAACAUAUGACCUUAGGAGAUAAUUUAAAAGAACUUGGAAAAGCAAUGGCUGGAAUAGGAGAAACUGAUUCAGAAAGAAGUGGUGACUUGAAUUUCUUCAACAUUGAGCAAGCCAAAGCAAUCAUUGAUUACUUGAAUAUCAGCUUAUUUAAACACUAUAAGCUAUAUGAAUACCUCUUCCACAGUCCUAGAGAAGAACUUGUGAUAAGUAAUGAGUACGUGAUUGAACUUGCCCAACCUGCAGUUCCCCCCUUCCCUGUUCAGCCAGAAGAAGGCAUACCUUCGGAUAUUUAUUCGUCAUUCAUAAUAUCACCAACAGCUGCAGAGACAGAAUCUAAGGGGUCUGAUCAAGAGAGUUACCUGGAAGAGCCCUGUCCAGAGGCAGAGUCCUUCGAGGCAGAUGCUGCGGCUGGUGUCACUGCUGAAGAUCAGAAGUCUGCAGUGGGUGAAAUCCCAAAUGAAAUUAUUGGCAACCUUGAGGCAGAGAUAAAUGAAAAGCUGCAAAUGCAAGAAGCAGCUUAUACUUUGAGCACAGAAAAAUUAAAAAGUCCUAAAUAG